AUGGGUAAUGUUACGGGAGGCGUGGCUGCGAAAUUCGCAUUUUUCCCGCCAGACCCACCAACCUACGACGUUCACAGAGAGCCGGAUGGGAGGAUUGUCUUCUCCGGCAUUGCCGCCGAUAAGAACCUCGACGUUCAUCUGAUUGAGACGAAGAAUGGCAAUAAUGUUGUGGCCAUGUUUUGGAGACACCCUUCUGCGAGGUUCACGAUUUUGUACUCUCAUGGUAAUGCUGCUGAUAUGGGUCAGAUGCAAGAGCUUUUCAAUGCGCUCAGAUCUCAUCUUCGUGCCAAUAUCAUGGGGUACGAUUACUCGGGAUAUGGAGCAUCUACGGGCAAGCCAACGGAGUUCAACACAUAUCACGAUAUAGAGGCUGUUUAUAAUUGUUUGAAGUGCGAUUAUGGAGUUAGGCAAGAAGAUUUAAUCUUAUAUGGUCAAUCAGUUGGAAGUGGCCCCGCUCUACACAUGGCUUCUAAAUUACCGAGGUUGAGAGGUGUUGUUCUUCACAGUGCCAUCCUUUCAGGGAUAAGGGUUUUGUACAAUGUCAAAGUGACGUUCUGGUUUGACAUAUUCAAAAAUAUAGACAAGAUACGGCAUGUCAACUGUCCUGUGUUAGUUAUACAUGGAACAAACGAUGAUGUAGUUGAUUUUUCACAUGGGAAGCGACUGUGGGAGCUUUCAAAGGAAAAGUAUGAUCCUUUGUGGGUGAAUGGUGCCGGACAUUGUAACAUAGAAACAUUUCCAGAGUACCUGAAGCACUUGCGCCAGUUCUUAAGUGCCAUGGAGAAACUACCAGUCCCAACAACACAACCAGCAACUCCAAAUCGUAGUUUUUCUCAAAGUAAGCAUGGAAAAUGCUUGGGUUUUGGUUUCAGAUAGCAUAAUUAUUUAGAGAAACUGACAAAUGUGCAACACCCAAAUCCUAUAUCAUGCUGAGUUUGUGUAUAAAUAAACUGUGCCAAAUCUA